UCGUCAGCAUGAAAAGUAAAUACGCAACAGCAGAUGCGGGGGCUAAUUGGUGUGUUUCGCUGCAAUGCGCUUUGGACCUCUGUAGAUAUUUUGGCGGGUAGGCUGUAGUGUAUUUGGAACGAAGGGAUCCAUGCAUGGUCACAACCCCUGCGUUGCUGUUGUGCUCGGUCAAUUCUCCUCAAUGGUCAAUCAGGGCGAAGAGCAGCGGGCAAGAAAAAGGUUUCGUGAAAGCUUGGAGCAUAGGGCAGACGGCCAAUUGGAACUUUCCCAUGAGCAUAUUGGCCAAUGGCUUCGCGAGCCCUACCGCUUCUACUUCCGGGAUGUUCUGGGAUUUGCAUUUGCGAGUCGUCUCAUCACCUCGUGGACGCCGGCAGAUUAAGCGGUGCGGCCGGCAGAGCAGAUGCUAUGGAGCAGUUUAAGAGCCGUUCUUGAGUAUCAUUAGCGUAACUCUGCGAUGUGAAAUCUGUUGCGGUUUGAUCUGGUUAGCGUAAUUGGCGUGGCCCAUUAUCCAUGUA